CUAUGAGUCACAUUUUUUAAUCAAUUAGAACUGUCAUUUUCUACCCUACUAUUAUUUCUGUCAAUUUUUUAUAGAAAAAUAAAAAAAAAAUUAUUAAACAAAAUGACUUCGUGUCUAGAAAAUAUACAAAUUCCACCAUGUACUUGGUUUGAGUCUGGAGAAAAGAGAAAUACGAUAGUUUCAAUGAUUGCAGGAACUUUGUUUUUUACAGGAUGGUGGCUUAUUAUUGAUGCCAAUGCAAAAUUCCCAUCAGAAAUGAAUGGAGCCUAUCAUUUAUGUGGAAUAUUCGGGACAAUAUCCCUCUUUAUGGUCAAUUCCGUAACGAAUGCUCAAAUGAGAGGAGACAAUUACGAUGGUGGCUGUCUAGGAACAAGAGGAGCAAGAGGCUGGCUUUUUGUUGGAUUUGUAAUGGCUUUUGCAGCAUUGAUUGCUGCCUGUUGGAUUUUAUUCGCAAAUUAUGUGACAAUUGGUGACAAACAUAAUUGGCCCGGAGUAGGUUUAUUUUUACAAAACGUAUUCAUUUUCAUGGGAUCACUAAUUUACAAAUUUGGCCGAACUGAGGACAGUUGGAAUUAAUUUUCUUUCAGUAUUUGUAUAGCAAUGAAAAUUAUCAUUAAGUUACUUAAUAAAACUUUAUACAUUUAAGUUUAAAAUUAUAUACGAUAACAAAAAUAUUUCCCAUAAGUACUGAUAAUAUUUAGUCAUCUACUUGUAUAAAAAUUAAUUACUCAUUUUACGCUCUGUAUUUACAUUAAAAUAAAGUCUUCUGACAGAAACAAA